UGACGGCCUACUUAAGUAGUAGGCACAGAACACUCGACGUAUAUAAAUCCCCGAUCCUUUUUUUCUUUCCUUUCCUAUUCCUUCUUUUUUACAUCUCCCCUUCUUGUUCUUUUCCUCCCCACGCAAGACAUACCACACACAUACACAUCCACAUACACCCCCCACCCAAUAAAAACCAUGGACUUCAUCAAGAACAUCGCCGAAGAAGUCAUCGAGUCCAAAUUCGGCGGCGGCAGCAACGCCAACACCAGCAGCGAAACCUACAGCGGUCGCGAGGGCUACUACCCCCCUCAACAGCAACAGCAGCAACAGCAACAACAACAAUACCCCAACCGCGAAGGCUACCCGCCCCAGCAAUACUACGGUGGAAACGAAGGCUACGGCCGCCCGGAAUACAACCGCGAGGGAUACGGCUACGGAAACCAGGGCUACGGCGGUGGUUACCAGCAACAGCAACAGCAGGAGUAUGGGUAUGAGUCCCGUCAACAGCAGGGGUACGGAUACGGUGGUGGAUACGCACAGCAGCAACAGCAGGAGUAUGAGUAUGAGUCUCGUCAGCGGCAGCAGGGGGGGUAUUAUGAGGGACGCAGCAGUGGUGGGGGCAUGAGCAGUGGCAUGAAGACUGGGUUGGGGGUUGCGGGGGGGGUGUUGGCGGGUGGAGCGGCGGUUUUGGCGGGUGAGGCCAUUCAUAAUAAAUGGGAGGAGGAUAAGCAGGAUAUCGAGGAAGAUGUAGAGGAUUUCCCCGAGGAUGCGGCCAGGUGGACGGGUGAUAAGGUCGGCGAAAUCGAAUCCAUCCCCAACCGCAUCGAAAACGGCUGGGACAACGCCGUCGACGACGUCGAGGAUAUCCCCGAGGACGUUGCCGGAUGGGUCGGGGACAAGGUCGGGUCUGUGGAGCGGUUUGGCGAUAAUAUGGACAAUGCCUAUGAUGAGGGGAGGUACGAGGGUGAACAGGGCUGGUGAUUGAUUUCUGGUGCAGGAAUUAGAUGGUGAUGUUAUAUGGCAUUUGCAUACCCGAGUGCCAGUGGUUUUGAUGAGCCAGCUGGUAGUAUUGUCUCGACGUACUUAUAUAUUGAUUUCCCCGCACGUGGCCCGGACCUCGGCUGCG